AUGGAAACUGUAAACACAAAUUCCAUUCAAAGGAUAGAUGUACAGUAUGAAUUUUUGGUACAAAGUACAAGACAAGAUACUAAUCUUGUUUACAUUAUAAAUAGCGAAAUCAGAGUGUAUUCCUGUGUUACUGAUAUGUCCAGCACUCCUUAUAAGCAUCAAGGAGCAGUAACAAUGAAAUAUCACAUUGCAAUUUUUAAUUUUUUGUUAUCAUUAACACCUGAUGAUCGUAUGCUUUAUGCAUAUGUUACAUUUGGUAAGAAGUCAGAUGAUGUGAAUAAAGAAAUUGAUAUUUUAUUAUUUGAUUCUUUUUUGAAGAAAAUGAAAGCAGAUUAUCAAAACUCCAGUUUACAAUUGUGCACUGCAUUGGAUAAGUUUGCAGAGCAGUAUCAAAUAGCAAAAUCGAAAUCUAUUUCUCGAUUAAUUUCCUUUCUUUAUGAUCUUAACCAAAAUGCAAAUCCAAUAAGUUGUGUUAAAAGUGGUUCUAUGAUUCGCAUUCAAGUAGAAUCUGUUAGACAUCGUAAAAUAGAAUCAAGAGAUGCUAAAUGA